UCCCCCUCUCUCUCUCUAUUCCCCUGUUUCUCUCUAUUCCUUUCCAUUCCUCUAUCAUCCCUCUCUCUCACUCCCUCUAUCCAUCUCUAUCCCUCUCUCUCACCACCUCCACCACAGACAGUGAGAGGUGUAAAGCUCACAGAUUGUCCCUGCCUCUCUCUCUCUCAAAUAGACGAGAACUUUAUUCUCAAACACGACCGAGCUUUCCUGUUGUCCAUGGCCAACCGCGGCAAACACACCAACGGGUCCCAAUUCUUCAUAAAGUCAUCGUGCUCUUCCAAGAACCACCAAGACAGCACCUCAUCUCGAUGGGGUCCAUGUGGUGUUUGGCCUGGUCAUCUCAGGCUUUGAGGUGAUCAAGAGGAUUGAGGGUCUGAAGACGGACGGAGCCAGCAGGCCGUACGCUGAUGUUAGGGUUAUGGACUGUGGUCAGCUCAUCACUAAGUCAGCCAACGAUGUUCUGGAAGGAAAGAGGAAGCGGCGGUCGCAUUCUGCAGACUCCUCCCUCAGUUCUCCUGGCUCCUCUCAGUUCUCCUCUCUGGAGUCUGGGAGUGAAUCUGAGGAGAAGCACCACCACCACAGGCGAAAGAGACACUCCAAGAGCAAACGCUCCAAGAAGAGGAGGAGAGAGAGGGAGGUGAAGAGAGAGGGUCACACUGACAGGGUGGAGCCUGUUCUAAAGGGCCCUGUGGAUGGAGGGAUGGUGGCGGUAGCUGUGGAGGAGGAGGGUGGAGGGAAGGAGCAGAGUGGUUUGAAGAGAGAGAAACCAGUAGUUCGUCCAGAGGAGAUCCCUCCUGUUCCUGAGAACCGCUUCCUAUUGAGGAGAGACCAGCCGGGUCAGGAGGACCAUCCAGACACAACUAAGCCAGAGGUCUCCUCCCUUCCCAAUGACCUGAAGCAGUCAGUCACCAAGUCUGGACGCAAGAUCAAAGGCAGAGGGACAAUGAGGUACCACACCCCAACGUGCUCUAAGUCGCACUCGGCUUCGGAGGAGGAGGGACAAGGAAGCAGCGAAACUCCGCCCCACUGGAAGGAGGAAAUGCAGAGAACCAAGACCUACCAGCCACCCAGCGUAGAGAGAUGGAGCCGAGGAGACAACAGAUGGGAGGGAGACCGCAGCAGGAGUGACUCCCCAUGGUCCCAGUCCCCGGAGUGCUCCUCAGGCCACAGCUCUGACCGCUCCAGCCAGCCCCGCCCACACAGGAAGGAGAAGAAGAAAGCCAAGCGCAAGAAGGCCAAGAAACGCAAACAUGCCAAGAGACAAAAGAAGGAGUCCACCAAGAGCAAAGAGCCCAAACAGUCGCCCGUCCGAGAGGGUCAGGGGACAAAUCCUGGUGAUAUUGAGAGAAGGUCCCUCUCAGUGUCCCGGACCCCUUCCGCCCACAGACGCUCCCCGAGAAAGCAGUGCUCCGGGUCGGGCAAGCGGCGUCACUCCUCCCCUUCAUCCAGAGACUCGAGUUCCUACACAGCUAGCCGCUCCAGAUCCAGGGGCAGGUCUGUGUCUUACUCCCAGUCCAGGAGUCUGUCUCACUCCAGAAGCAGGUCUCUAUCUAUGUCAAGGUCCACAUCCAGGUCCCGAUCCAGAUCCCGGUACAGAUCCAGGUCCAGGUCUUUGUCCCGGCUCAGGAGGAGAAAGGCAACCAGAUCCUCCAAGAAGUCCAAGAUGGCUGACGUCAGCAAGCUAAAGCCAGACGCCUCAACCGCAGGGGCAGUGAAGGGUGUAGAGACCAAAGCCACAGCCCUCCCUGCCACCCCAGCCCCUGAGAACGCCCCUGUCAUACCCAUGAGUGACAGCCCCCCUCCCUCACGCUGGAAGCCUGGCCAGAAACCGUGGAAACCCUCCUACGUCCGAGUCCAGGAGGUCAAGACCAAGACGACUCCAGCCUGCCUGUCCCCCAUAGGCCCCACAGCUCCCAGUACAUCUGAUAACCACCCAGAUAACUCCCACCUGGAAAAGAGCCGUGGCUCUAAGAGCCACAGACACCAGAGACGAUCACCCAGCGGCUCCUACAGGAGCAGGUCCUACAGCCAGUCUCACAGUCACUCCAGGAGUCACUCCCGGUCCAGGAUACGGUCACCAGGUCCCUACUACAGCAGAUCCUCCUCCUACAGCAGGUCAGACUCCUAUGACUCUCACAGGAGAGGCCUAGACAAGACCUUAGACAAGACUAUAGACAAGGGCUGGAAACAGUACUACAGCUCUCUGAAGCGGAUCAAGAACCUGGAUAAGUACCUCAAAGCGCCUGACUCCCAGAUCAACAUGUUUUCAUCUGACUCUGAGGACGGAACAGACAGCGAACACAGUCCUGGGCCCAGGCAGAAUGGCUCCAAGGGACCAAAGCUCUUUGGCAUCUUAUCAGAAGACCGACGUCAUCAGGAAACGGAAGCAAAAAGUCUGAAACCAAACCAAAAGUCCUUGAAGAAACCCAGCAGUAGGUCAGAGUGGGACAGUGAUGGGGAUAAACUAGGCAGAAAGACCAGCCUGGUGAACAACCAGAAGCCUGAUGUUAGGUCAGCAGAGAUUCCUGACCAGAGACUAGCAGCUCUCGCUGGGUGGGACUCUGAGAGCGACUCUGAGAAGGUGCUGCCCAAGAUGGCCACCACCGAGCCCAAGGUCUUCCUGUCAGAGAAGGAGGAGGGCGAGGCCAGCUCCGAGUCAGAACAUGAACACCAUGUACGGUCACACAGCAAGAUGAACAAAGCCCCUGGAACCUCUGUGUUGCUGCUUCCUGCACCUGUACAUAAUGCCACCCCAUUGGAGGGGAGCCCUGAGAAGGGCCUCGAGGCAGAGAGACACAAGAGCAGGAAGAAGAACAAACGUAAACACAAACGCAAGAGGAGGAGCUCUGCCAAGUCUGGCUCCCACAGGUCAAAGGUCAAGUCAAAGCGGUCCAAGAGGAAACACCAGAAGCUGAAGGAGACAUUCCACUGGCAGCCGCCAAUGGAGUUUGGAGAGGAUGAGGAGGAGGAUGAGUCCCAGAAAGAGAAACGUCUGGAGCAAAAACAUACUGCUGUAAAGGAUAGUCCUCAGAGAGCUGUCAGGGGAAGACCUGGCAAAUCUCCAUGUCUGGAAAAGGAGGACAAGGAGAUAAGUCCUGCUUCACCCAACAGAAACAGUUCAGUACAGCCAAUGCCUCGCAGAGUGGAAGAUGCAGCAGAGAUUACCAAAGAACUGAAAGCUAAACCAACUGCCAACUUGAACCCAAAACACUCAAAACCUCAGGACCUCACUGCUAACCUGCCAAAGAUGGAUCAGCCAGAGAUGGUAGACGAUAUGGAGAUCUGCACCCCAGAACAUGACCUCCCUGACCCCACUACCGAGCCACCAGGCCUUCCGGGCCAACAGGCACCGGAUAUCAGUCUGAAAACACUGUCUCCUCUGAGUCGCUCCUUAAAGAAGGGAGACGUGUUUCUCUCACCUGUUAAAGAUCCACAGUGUACAGCAUCUCUGCCAGCUGUGAUGCUAGCUAGUGGGGAGCAGCAGGAAACUGCAGCAGGCAGAGCCGCUGGUCCUCCUGUCGACCCUAAAUGGAAGCCUCUAAAGGGGAUGGCUGCUCUGCAAGCCAUGAACCCAAACCCCUCCUCCCUGGCUCGUCUGCUCCCCACCAGACUCCCGGAGCACAGUGGGCCCCGGACCCAGCCCCAGGAAGGCAUCAGGCCCCAGGGCAGCAGGACCCAGAGCCAAGGCGGGAGGACCCAGGGGGGAGUCAGCAUCCAGAUCAAGAGCCAGAGCCGGGUGCGUCCGGGGUCGCUGUUCGACGAGGUACGGAAGACGGCCAGACUGAACCAGAGGCCCAGAAACCAGGACAGCAGUUCCAGUGAGGAGAGGUCUCAGUCUGCAGCUGGAGCCGUGGGAGGGGCCACGGAGGAGGAGCGGGGAAGCAGGAGGUCCCGGUCGGGGUCUAGCCCAUCCCACAGGUCCAGAGGAAGAUCCCCCUCCUCCAGCCGCUCCAGGAAUAGAUCGCGCUCUUCCAGCUACUCCUCCAGGAGUCAGAGCAGGAGCAGGAGGAGGUAUCCCAGAGGACGCUCCCAGUCCCGCAGCAUCACCUACCGCAGCUACAACAGUCAUAGUCGGACCUAUAGUAGAAGUCAUUCCAGAAGCCGUUCUUAUGAUCGACGCAGGAGAUCCAGGUCUGACUCCUAUGACACUUACUCCAGUCGGAGUCGUAGCCGCAGCUCCAGCAGGAGGCGUGGGAGAAGGAGUGAUAGCUACAGGAGCUCCAGGUCUUACCACUCCUCUAGUCGCAGCUCCUCCCGACACUGGAGUCACAGUGGAAGAUACAGUUGAGCUGGAUCAUGUCUGAUACCUUCUGUCCUGAUGAUUCAUGAGUCUGUUUCUGUCCUGAUGACUCAUGAGUCUACCUCUGUCCUGAUGAUUCAUGAGUCUGUUUCUGUACUGAUGAUUCAUGAGUCUGUUUCUGUCCUGAUGAUUCAUGAGUCUGUUUCUGUCUCUGUCCUGAUGAUUCAUGAGUCUCUUUCUGUCCUGAUGAUUCAUGAGUCUGUUUCUGUCCUGAUGAUUUAUGAGUGUCUUGGUCCUGAUGAUUCAUGAGUCAGUUUCUGUCCUGAUGCUUCAUAUGGGUUGAUCUGGUUCAUGAUUCUGUCUCUGUCCUAGUGAUUCAUGUGGGUUGCUCUGGUUCAGGAGUCAGUUUCUGUCCUGGUGAUUCCUGUGGAUCUAUACAGCUAUCAUGCCUACUCUCUGUCACUCAGUGUAAUACCGAACUGGACAAGAGUUCAAACAGAUCUGAGACCAGGCAUGCCUUUUGUUCUCUCAUCUUCUAUUGGGAACUUAUUUGGUUACUUCUUAUAUAGAGGGAAAAGUAAUGACCUGUAUGUCAUUUGUGUGGCUAUCAGAAAGCAUUCAUAACCCUUGACUUAUUCCACAUUUUGUUAGAACCUGAAUUCAAAAUGGAUUAAUUAUCUAUUUUCUCGCACACAUCUGCACACAAAACCCUCUAAUGACAAAGUGAAAACAUGUUUUUAGACAUUCUUGCUAAUUAAUUGAAAGUUAAAUAGAGAAAUAUUUCCUUUAUUAACUUUUUUUUUUAACCUUUAUUUAACCAGGCAAGUCAGUUAAGAACAAAUUCUUAUUUUCAAUGACGGCCUAGGAACAGUGGGUUAACUGCCUGUUCAGGGGCAAAACUCGAGGGUUUGAA